UCCGUUCGAUUAUUGUCAACUCAACCGUACGUCGGAACAGUCGUGUGGAUUCUGCGCGCGUGUGUAAUUUCCUUUACAUUUCUCACUAAUCGGAACAGUAAUACAAACCUUUUGUACAACACCCGUUUGGAAAUUGCGCUAGAGUAGCGAUAAAAGUGUUUUAGUCGCGCAUACUAGAACACGCACACGUACGCCGACAACGACUAGGCUCAUUUUACGCGUGAAGCUUAAGCUUUGUUCUAAGCUUGGUGAUUCGUGGUACUUAAGCGUUUUUUUUUCGCUCGGUGAAUUCGCGCCCGCGAGGUCGUCCAAAUUCGCGAAAAAGUGCACAUUUUGGUGCCCGCAGCACGCCCGCACAGACUCAAUUAGUGCUCGUUUGAGGGAAAUUCCGAAACAGAUUGGAGCGGCAGCAGAAGGCGACGGCGCGACAGCGAAUGACCGUGUGAAGAGGAGGGGCCGAGGAGCAGCUUAACACCGACAGUGUGUGAAUAGAGUGUGGUGUGUAGUGCGCACGAGCGACUUAGGGCGGUGCAGAGUAGUGUGAGAAGCGCGCGCGCAAGUGUUGGUGACGAAUAAAAGUUUAUUUUUUUAAAUCACGAUUUUUUUGGAGUCGUCACCGAAAAAAAAGAAAUUGGUUUUUGGGGAGAGAAAAAAAACACGCGAGUGAAAGGAAGAAAGAGAAAUUUUGGCAAAACAAGUUGGAAUUCCGAUGGAGAUGCAACACUGAGUUCGAUCUAGUUGUUGAGUGCAUUUGAUACAGAAGAGAAGCUCGAAGAAGCGAUUGAUUCGCGUAGAACGGAAGAAAUUGUACAAGCGGUUGAGCGAACACACACCCCGACAGGCCACAAGAUGAGCACGUACAGCAAUUCGGACAACUCCCAGUCGACGCAGAGCAUUGCGGACUAUCUGGCACAGUUACUUAAGGAUCGGAAACAGCUGGCGGCCUUCCCGAACGUAUUCAACCAUGUGGAGCGCCUGCUGGACGAGGAGAUCUCCAAGGUGCGAGCCUCGCUCUUCCAGAUCAACGGCGUCACGAAGGAACCGCUGACGCUUCCGGACGCCGAUGGCGAGCUGAUCACACUCAACGAGAAGGUUUACGUGCCAGUCAAAGAGCAUCCGGACUUUAACUUCGUGGGUCGAAUUCUCGGACCGCGCGGAAUGACCGCGAAACAGCUCGAGCAGGAAACCGGCUGCAAGAUCAUGGUCCGGGGGAAGGGCUCGAUGCGGGACAAGAAGAAGGAGGAGGCCAACCGGGGUAAACCCAACUGGGAGCACCUGUCCGACGAUCUGCACGUGCUGAUCACCGUCGAGGACACGGAGAACCGAGCGUCCGUCAAGAUCAAGCGAGCCCUCGAGGAGGUUCGGAAACUGCUUGUGCCACAUGCCGAAGGCGAAGACGAGCUCAAGAAGCGACAGCUCAUGGAACUGGCCAUCAUCAACGGCACGUACCGGGACUCCAGUACGAAGGCCAUGGCCGCCGAGCUGAACUUCGAAACGACGUUCGACGGCUGGAAGCAGCUCGCGAACGAGCACCGUCUCAUGAACCCCGCGGCCAUCAACACGCUCGCCCAGAACCAGCUGGCCGCCGCGGCACGAAAUGCCGCCAACCCGCUUGGCGCUCCGCUCAUCCUGUCGCCACGAAUCUCAGUGCCAACGACCGGCGCUAGCCUCAUCCCCGGCUCGGCGCCACCCACCAUCGACCACACCACCGGCCUCUUCUACACGACCGCGCCCUACGCUGACUACGCCAGCUACGCCGCGUUGGCCGCCGCCGGCAACCCGCUGCUCCAGGAGUACGCCGAUCACAGUGUUAAUCAAUGACCGGCUGCUGCGCGACGGGCUGGUCCACUAAACACUUGUGCUAACCAGAGACAAAUUAACACAUUUUAAACUAGGUAUUGAUCGCCGCAACUGACUGAACGCCUCACAAAUAAGACGGUCAGACAGUUCUGAUGGACGGACGGCCCACGUCCUGUUGCAUUCUACUACCACAACCCCCCACCCUCUAAUCAAUACCAGUACUACAACUUCGACCACUACAACUUGAUUCCUUCCUGCCUUCCAUAAAUUCUACACCAAAACAGCCGGCGGCGUGGACGACCCAUUCGCCAUUCGGCCAGCUUCCGGUAGAUUCCGCCAGCAGCGCGAGGAGUUGUGGCAUGGUGCUGUACUUCCAGUAGUAGUAGCAGUAGCAGCAGUAGCAAGGGCCUUUCCAGCAGCCAGAACGACACGAAGCAGCAAUGAAAAUUGUUCUAGUUGUGUUUUUUUAUUCUCUCUCUCUCUCUAUCUCUUUAAUGAAGACAAGUUUUUAUACUCUAUUUAAGUAGUUAUUUUAAUUGACGAUAUAGACUCACUAUUUUAUACACCCCACACAAGAAAACGAACACACACACACGCGGACAAAUUUAUCACUUGCAGUUCAGCAUUAGGCAUCGACGUGAGGAAUUUUUUAGUUAAUUUAUUGCUACGAUUUUAGUCUCGUAUAUUUAUGAAAUUGAUGGUUCAAAGAGAGGAGCAAGUCGCGGUUAGUAGAGUACUGUUUUGUUUUAGUUAGCAGACACUAGUAUUGUCGAUUGAGCGAACAAUUAGUAUGAGGUAUUGCAGCUGUUGUUGUCACCGCAUCGGGGCUGUCACACUACACUUCGAGGUGUUUGGACAAGUUUUGGGACGACCGCGGAUUUUAUCAACAUCGAAAGCUCUGACCACAGCUCAGUGCGAUCCCGCGCUGUCCACGUGACAUCGCCACGCUGGUCCCAAAUAAGGACAACACUUCCGGUUGCGCCACACCGUGUGCCACGUCGUCCCACGCGCACUCCAAACGCAUGCGCGUCACACUCGAAGAAAGCGCGACUCCGUGCAAAAUGUGCAUCUUUCUCCGACGACGUUCCCAAUAUUGCGUGCGAUUCCGGGUGCAUUUUUUUGGGUUCGUUUCCCUCGGUGGACAAAGGCCACCGAUCUCCGGCGACACAGAUUCACGCCCGCGUCCGAGACACAAUGGUCAACGAGAAUGGUGAUGGUGACGAGAGAAAAGAGAAAGGUCCCCGCGAAAGAGAGAAGCAGCAGUAGCGAAAGGGAGGACAACAAAAGAAGCUCAGAUACAAAAACAUGAAUUAACUUUGCGCGAAUGCAAAAAAAAACGUAAACACCAGUUUUGGAUUGAUGAGGAGACAUUCCAUACACAAACCGUUAUAAAAAAAGCCAGCAAGAGUUGUGUGCAAGUAGGUACGCGAUUUAAUAAGAAGUGAAAUGAGAGAGGAACUGAUGAUAAAGGAAUAAAAAAAAACUCUAAAAUUGUUAAUGCAAAAAAAGAUCACACCGUGGAAGAGAGGCGCUUGAGAAGCGAGAAGAAGUAAAAAAGAGAGUGCCAAAACCGGACCCUCCCGGGCCCAAAGUGACCCCAAUGUACCUCCCCCCACCCUUUUGCGAGAGAGGUGCGGAAGGGGGAGGACAACGACAAGGGACAAACCAGCAGCAUGACCAAAAGUAGCAUAGCCCAACAAAACAAGUCAAGUGGCUCGGUGUGACGCCGAAACAGGUUGGGUUGAAAGUUUGGAACCAUUGCAGAAAUUUUUCAGUUUUUUAUUCUAUUGAAUUUUACAAAAAAAAAACCUUUUUCUAAAUUGAUUUUAAAUUUAUACAGAAACCAAAAAUAAAAAAAAAAUAUAUUUUCUUGAUAGGGAUUUAGCAAAACAAUUGAAAUUUAAUUACAUCAGUCAUUAUUCUAACAAUUUUUAAUAAUUAUGUGUGGCUACGAUUUAUUUAAAACAUUUAAAUGAGUUUAAGGUAAAUUAGAACAAUUUUUGAAAACAAAAAUUGAAGCAGACAUUUUUAGAAUAAAAAAAAAUUACAAUGCUGUUUUACAUAAUUCCUGAAAAUACAUGUUCGUGGAGAUAUAAAAAUUUCCUAUAACUUUGCCUCAAAAGAUUAAUGAUUUAACCAAUUGUUGUUAGUUAAAGCCUCUUAGCAGCUUCAAAAUAGUUUAUAAAUAGCAUAAAAAUUAUUGUCAAAAAUUUCUUUUUAAAAUUUUAAAAAUAAAAACUAUUGAUUAAAAUCAAUUUUAAGCUGUUUUAAAUAUUUUAAAUUUUAAAACGCCUAUUUAUCAAUUUUAAAACUCUUUGAAAAUUUGGAUUUUAGGACGACAGUUUUAAUAAACGUAAAACUUUAAUUUUGAAAAGUUUGACAGACGUAUCACUAUAAAUUUUCUAUACUUUUAAUCUUGAACUUUCAAAAAUUCUGGAGAUUUUUUUGAAAAGGUCCAAUAAACCAAAUUUCGAGUUUUUGCUUUUUGGGUGUUUUUGGAACCGCCUUGAGUCAGGGGUAUUAAAAACACCCAAAAAAGGAAAAACUGAAAAUUUGUUUUAUUGGACCUUCUAAAAAAACUCCAGAAUUUAACCUGAAAUAGUAGUUUAUGCAACAAGUUGCAAAAAGAGGAUUUUUUCAGCACGAGUCGUACAUUUAUCCAACGAGGUUCACCGAGUUGGAUAAAUACGAAGAGUGUUGAAAAAAUCAAGUUUUGCAACGAGUUCCAUACAACAUUUUUUGCAAUUCCGAAAAACACCCAUUUAGUGAAAUUUUAUGUCAAAUUUUCAUGUAUUUUGUCAAUAAAUCGUUUGAAUCAAAAAAAUUUUGAAAAGUGUUACUUUUCAAAACAAGUGCUGAAAAGUUCAACUUUUCAGCACCCAUUUCAGUGCUGAAAAGUAGAACUUUUCAGCAUUUAUUUUGAAAAGUGUUGCUAUUCGAUUCUGUUAUUUUUGGUACAGAAAAGUAGGCUAUUUCGUCGUUCAAGAAUGACAGGAAAAGUAAGUAGUUUCACGACGGAAUUGCAAAAAUUAAAAUUGAGUUUUUUGGCCGACCUUGACCAGGACCGAGGUGAAAAAAGAUCUUCAAAUGAGAAAUUUAAAAGCUUUUUACAAAAUCAUUGUAAAAGAAAAAAUCGAAUUUAGCAGAAAAAAACAAAGGUUAUAGUUUUUUAUAAAUUAAGAAACAUUUUGUCAUUAGCAGUUCAUGAUAGAAUGUAUUUUUCAGUUUAUGAAAAAAAUUAACCUGAAAAAAUAGGAACUAUGUAUAUAAUAAAUAAGCUGUGUUCAGAAUGUAAAGAAAGAUGAAAAAAUUAAAAUAAUUGCUGCACUUCGAGCUAGAAUUUCUAAAUUCUGAAGUAAAAAGUAUUAUAAAAAAUUUAGGGCUUCUGCAAAAAAAUAUAUAAUCAAUGUUUUUUGCUAUGUUAUGCCGGUUUCUUUUGAAAAAUAUAAGUGGAUUUGAACAAUUGUCUCUAGGAAAUAAGAUCCACUACAAAAUAUGCAAGGACUUUUUUACUAGUUUGCUAGAAAUUAUGGCAUUUUGUCAUUAUGGAUGAAUAAAAAUAAGCACACGUAAAAGUAGCAUGGUGGCGACAAAAUGACAUUUCCAAACUUUCAACCCAGAGUGUGGCGCGCAAAACCGAACCCUGAGAAAGCUGCCCACAGCCUGCAGAGAUAUCUGCAGUUUCGGAAAGUGGGACUGGGUCCAUCGGCAGAGAACCGGUAACCCGGGGUUGGAAGGCGGUGGUGGUGGGCGGCGGUUCAUGCACUUUUAAUGCAGUUAUAUAGUCAGUUUUUUUUACCUAUAUUUAUAAGGAAGCGAAAACUUAAAAUUGUAGUUUAAAAAACAACAACAGGAAAAAAAAUCACACACACAAACACACCCAGCGCACACACACACACGCGAAACCAGUUACCAAGUAUUUCUUCCGAUUUUUCCUUCUGUUCUGAUCUUUCAUUUUUUAAACUUUAUCUUUAUGUAGGUAUUUUAAGAUUAUGAGAAAAAAAACUUAAGCUAAGUAUGUAUUAUUGCGCGAGUAGCACCUUCGUUGAGGGAAUUUUAAUAUACUUAAAAAAAUGUUGUAACGUGAAACGAAACAAACAAAACAAUCACGCUAAAUUUUGAGACAAACCAGAAUACGACAUUUUUUCCACGACCGGUAGCGAGAUUUCUGUACUUGUAAUUUGUAAAGGAACUUUUUUUUUUCAAAUAUUUAAGAGACAAAAGAAACUCCGUUUCUUCGAUGGACGUGUUAGAAUGUGGCAAACUAGUCUAGCGUUAAGAGUGUAUACAUUUUACGUGUAAGUUUAUCGGCGAGGAAUCUCGAGUCUCGGAAAACAGAGCCCCCCACAUGGUUGAUGUCAAUGUACUGUAAAUGUGUUAGUAUUUAAGGAGAGCUUUUUUAGUAUUAUUAAGUAAGUAAACUAUUUAUGUA